AAAUUCUGUGGUUGCAAUUUUGUAAGAGAGUUAUAAAAAAUUAAAAGUACUAAUAAUUGAAUGAUGUGAUUAUUUACGGAUCCUUUUGGAGUUAAUUGAAAUCUGAAGGUAUGAUUAUCUGAUAUCUAUCAGAAAUAAUCUUCAGCAUGUAUUCAUUGAGCACCACUAUUAUUUUACAGGUAUAUUGACAGAAGAAUUCGAACGUUAUGAUUUUAAAAUGCUGCUCUCUGAGUCCACUUUACGUUACCCUCUAUAAGCUGUUAGUCAAAGAUGGGAAAUACAGUUCGUGAUAUUGAAAUCUGGAAGCACAGUAAAUGGAGAAUUAUUGAUAAACUGAGAUAGUAAAAAAAUUGCCUUUACUUUAGUCGACAUUCCAAAAUUUUAUAUUCAAGUCAUACUGAAGCAACUGAUCAAACAUCAGCUUUGGAUUUCUCAAAUUUAAGUCAAUAUUACUAGUUAGGUUCUUAAACUUUUUAUCAAUUAAAAUGGGUGAUAGGAGAAUUAAUAGAUAUAUCAAUAAAAUAUAUGAGAUUGUGACAAGAAAUCGAAGAAAGAAAAGAACUGGAUGGAUUCUAAAACAUGCUACAUUAAAAAAAUGUGUGUUUGCUGUUAUACUCAUUAGUAUCAUACUGAUGGUUUUGUAUUGGAAACGUAUAAAUACACCAUAUUUGGCUCAUUUCAUUCAAAAGAGCACUCGUCCAGAACCUAAUAUAAGAUGUGGACUAAUGAAUGGACCAAGAAUACUUAAAGAUCAUGGUCAUAAGACAGAAGCACAGCUUCGAAGCUAUCCAAAAGUCUUAGUAUUUGUGGAGACAGCAUUUUCCAAAUUAGGCAGAGAAAUUGCCGAAUUAUUAGUUCAUACUCGUAUCAAGUAUAAGGUAGAGGUAGCAGGAAAAAGUUUACCGGUAUUAACAAACUUGGAUAAAGGUCGAUAUGGUGUAAUCGUCUUUGAGAACUUCAGUAAAUAUUUAGAAAUGGAUAACUGGAACAGAGAAUUACUAGAUAAAUAUUGUCGAGAAUACCUAGUAGGAAUAAUAGGAUUUAUUCCUCCAAAUGAAGAGACUUAUGUAGGAUCUCAACUUAAAGGAUUCCCACUUUUCAUUCAUACCAAUUUAAGAUUAAAAGAUGCUGCCCUCAAUCCAUCAUCGCAGAUAUUGAGAUUGACACGAGCUGGUGAAACUGCUUGGGGGGAACUACCAGGCAAUGAUUGGACAGUAUUUCAAGCCAACCAUUCAACUUAUGAACCAUUGGAGUGGGCACAUAAAAAUGAUUAUUUUAAACCAACAGAAGGAGAAAUAAGAACUCCACUUGCAACGGUUCUUCAAGAUCAUGGCCUUUUUGACAAUAUCCAGAGAGUAAUUUUUGGCUCAGGCUUAAAAUUCUGGCUCCAUAGGCUACUCUUUUUAGAUUCCUUGAGUUAUUUGAGUCAUGGUCAGCUGAGCUUGUCUUUAGAUAGAAUGUUCUUGGUUGAUAUAGAUGAUAUUUUUGUUGGUGAAGUCGGAACUCGAUUGAAAGCUGAUGAUGUUAAAGCUCUCAUAGAUACCCAGUCAAGGAUUCAAGCAAUGGUACCAGGAUUCAAAUUUAAUCUAGGCUUUUCUGGAAAAUACUUCCACCAUGGAAAUUCCGAAGAGGAUGAAGGGGAUGAUUUGAUUCUUGAGAACAUUGAUAAGUUCAUGUGGUUUUCCCACAUGUGGAAUCAUCUGCAACCCCAUUUGUAUGAUAAUCUAACUCUUCUGAUGGAAGAUAUGAUGCUGAAUAAGAAUUUUGCAAAGCAAAAAGGUAUUCCUGUGGAUUCGGGAUAUUCUGUUGCUCCCCACCAUUCAGGCGUUUAUCCUGUUCAUGAAAUUCUGUAUACUGCAUGGAAGAAAGUAUGGAAUAUCAGAGUUACAUCGACAGAAGAAUAUCCUCAUUUAAGACCGGCUAGACUCAGAAGAGGUUUCAUACAUAGAAACAUCAUGGUACUUCCUAGGCAAACAUGUGGCCUCUUUACUCAUACAAUGAUGAUCGACAAGUAUCCUGGUGGACGUAUGAAGUUGGAUGAGUCCAUACAAGGGGGAGAACUUUUUCAAACAAUCGUUUACAAUCCAAUCAACAUUUUUAUGACUCAUAUGUCGAAUUAUGGAAAUGAUAGACUUGGAUUGUAUACAUUUGAGUCUGUGAUAAAAUUUAUAAGGUGCUGGACCAACAUACAUCUAACUUCAGCCCCUCCACUGCAAGUUGCAGAGGCUUAUUUCAAACUGUAUCCCAGCGAAGUAGAUCCUGUUUGGGGGAAUCCUUGUUUGGAUAUGAGGCAUCAGAAAAUAUGGUCAAAAAAUAAAUCCUGUGAUUCCUUACCCAAAUUCUUAGUGAUAGGACCACAGAAAACAGGAACAACAGCUUUAUACACUUUCCUCUCUCUUCACCCAGCUAUUGCUAGUAAUACUCCUAGUACCGAUACAUUUGAGGAAAUACAGUUCUUCAAUGCCCACAACUAUCUGAGAGGCUUAGACUGGUAUAUGAACUUCUUCCCGGUUGAUGUCAAUUCCACCACUAAGUAUUAUUUUGAAAAAAGUGCGACUUAUUUUGAUGGAGAAUUGGUUCCUAGACGAGUUCAUUCACUUUUACCUUAUGCAAAGCUGAUUACUAUAUUGAUAUCGCCAGCUAAGCGGGCAUAUUCUUGGUAUGAGCAUAUUAAAGCUCACGGUGAUCCUUCCGCGAAUAAUUAUACCUUCAACCAAGUUAUAACUGCGUCAGAUACCGCUCCCAAACCUCUAAGAGAUUUGCGUAAUAGAUGUCUCAAUCCUGGUAAAUAUGCUCAACAUUUAGAGAGAUGGCUCACAUAUUUCGCUCCUCAGAAUCUGCAUAUUAUAGAUGGAGAAGUACUGAAAUCGAAUCCUGUUGAGGUGAUGAAUGAAAUGCAGAAAUUCUUGAAGAUUACUCCAUUCAUGAACUAUACAGAACAUCUAAGAUUUGACUCGAAGAAGGGAUUUUACUGCCAGGUCAAAAAUAAUCGUCCAAAAUGCCUGGGCAGAAGCAAAGGUAGGCAUUACCCACCGAUGGAUGAAAAAUCACAAAAAUUCCUCCAAAGAUAUUAUGUAAGUCAUAAUACAGCAUUGGUAAAAAUGAUGAAGCGGAUUGGGAUACGGACUGUUCCUAAUUGGCUUAAAGAUGACCUUUCUGAUAAUGUAGCAUAGUCACGAUG